CAUCAUAUUCCUUCAUUCAACGCAAACUCUCUUUCUCUGUCUGUCUGUCUGAGCCUAGAUGUCUCCAGCUUUCACCAGAAACUCCCACCGUGACGCGCGUUACAACGUUUCUCCGCGCGCAUUUUUACUGCUUUAAUGUUGCGCUGCGAAAAUAUGCCACAUCGUGCUAUCGUUGCGCUUUUUCGUUUACAUUGCGUUUUUCUUUUGGCUGCAAGCCACGUCGAGAGCUCUGAAGCGGACUACCUCUUUCCAGACACAGAGCAAGACCUCUUCAUCAAACAGCACUCUGAGUUUUACAUCAUUCACCCUGAAAAAGUGGACAAGGAUGGUAAUUUUUUCUCCCACGCUUUAUUGCAUCAUGUCAUGAACAGGCAACAUAAGAGAGACCCGAGUCCAGAAGAGACACAGGUGUAUUACAAACUUAACUACAAAGGUCAGGAGUUAACUCUCAACCUAACCACCAACAAUAAUCUGCUCUCCUCUGAAUAUGUGUUGGAGAGGCGUAAUAAAAGUUUAAUGGAGACGCGGACACAAAUGUCCGGGAAAGGCACCUGUCAUCUUAUUGGCACUGUAACGUACCACAACACACAAGGGACGGCCGCCAUCAGCACCUGUGACGGAUUGAGAGGGCUGUUAAAUUUACCUGACGGUCCAGUAUUGAUCGAGCCGGUCCGUGGCUACACCCCAAACGUCACUCAUCCACAACACCCGCAUGUGAUCUACCGAAGUUCGGCCUGGAAUGACGUCAGACGCCGGCGCAGCACAGAUGAACACAGGGUUCAGGACAGUCCCUGCGGGGUCAAAGAUGGUCCGGAGUAUUCCCAACAGGUGGAUCAGGAGAGAGACCGCUGGGAACAGGAACAGAGCCAGCAGGGUGGAGAUCAUAACCGUGAUCCAGAUCGGGAUUGGGAACGACCGCGGCGAAUCUCCCCGCGCUCCAUUAGCAAAGAGCGCUGGGUGGAGACCAUGGUGGUGGGUGACUCCAAACUCAUGGACUACCAUGGAAGUGGGAACAUUGAGUCUUACAUCUUCACCAUCAUGAACAUGGUGGCUGGAAUUUUUCAUGACGCUAGCAUCGGUAAUGCUGUCCAUAUCGUGUUAGUUCGGCUCAUUUUGCUACACGGAGAUGAGAAGGGACUGAAGAUCGCUCAUCUCGCUGAUACGACUCUCAGCAGCUUCUGCACUUGGCAAAAGAACAUCAACCCUCAAAGUGACACACAUCCUGCACACCAUGAUGUUGCUAUACUUAUAACACGGAAAGAUAUCUGCGCAGGCAAGAAUCAACCCUGCGAGACGCUGGGAUUGUCUCACUUGUCUGGCAUGUGUCAGCCUCACCGCUCCUGCAAUAUCAAUGAGGAUUCGGGACUACCUGUUGCCUUCACCAUCGCUCAUGAGCUUGGACACAGUUUUGGAAUCCCUCAUGAUGGACAAGGCAAUGAUUGUGAGCUUGUUGGGUCACAACCUUUCAUCAUGUCACGCCAGCUCCACUACGACUCCUCUCCUCUCACCUGGUCCUCCUGCAGCAAGGACUACAUAACACGCUUUCUCGAUCGUGGUUGGGGUUUCUGUCUGGAUGAUCGUCCAUCUAAGAGGGACCUGACCACCCCGGUGGCAGCACCUGGAGUGCGAUACUCCACAAAGCAUCAAUGCCAGCUGCAGUACGGCCCCAAUGCAACUUUCUGCUCAGAAGUAGAUAAUGUGUGUCAAAUCCUCUGGUGUUCCGUGAACGGAUCAUGUCGCUCCAAAUUGGACUCACCUAUAGAUGGAACCAGAUGUGGACCUGAUAAGUGGUGUAUCUCUGGUGAGUGUGUAAUUGUGGGGAAGUUACCGGAAACAGUGAAUGGAGGGUGGGGCCCUUGGAGCAUGUGGUCUCACUGCUCGCGUACCUGUGGAGCUGGCGUCCAAUCAGCAGACAGAGAAUGCAACCAGCCCAAGCCUGAAUUCGGAGGGAAGUACUGUACGGGCGAGCGUAAGCGCUACAGGAUUUGCAACACAAAACCAUGUGCCCGACAAAAACCCACCUUUAGAGAAAUGCAAUGCAGUGAAUUCAACACAGUGCCUUAUCACAAUGAACUCUACGAGUGGAUACCUGUCGCCAGCACCUCUCGUCCCUGCGAGUUGCACUGUAAACCUUUGGAUGAGAAUUUUUCUGAGAAGAUGUUGGAUGCGGUCAUAGACGGCACACCCUGCUUCAUGAAUAACAGCAGCAGGAACAUCUGUAUCAAUGGUGUGUGCAAGGUGGUGGGUUGUGAUUUUGGCAUCAAUUCUAAUGCUAAAGAGGACGGCUGUGGUGUCUGUCUUGGCGAUGGAUCUACCUGUGAAACGGUGAAGAAGACCUUUCUGGAACAAGAUGGGUUUGGUUACAUGGACCUGGUUUUGAUCCCAGAGGGAGCUCGGGAUAUCUUCAUACAAGAAGUAGAAGAGGCUGGGAAUUUUCUGGCGAUUCGAGCUGAUAAUUCAGAGGAGUAUUACCUCAACGGGAAUUACAUUAUUCAGUGGAAUGGAGAGUAUGAGGCAGGUGGCACAAAAUUUUACUAUGAUCGCAGUGGCAACAUGGAAAAUCUUACCUCGGCAGGACCAACAACACAACCUAUCAUGAUCCAGCUGUUGUUUCAAGAGCUCAACCCUGGUGUCAAUUACGAGUACACCAUUAAGAGAAGUCGACCACUGGGGAAUGAAAUCCUCAAACCCGAGUACACCUGGAAAUAUGGAGCCUGGUCUGACUGCAGCGCCACCUGUGGGUUUGGUGUGCAACAUCAGCCCGUACGCUGUUUUGAGGCUGAAAUUGGCGUAGUUGAGGAAAUGCUCUGUGACCCCGGUACACGUCCCGAAGACGGACAUCGCAAGUGCAAAAACAUGGACUGUCCUGCAAGGUGGUGGGUCGGUGGAUGGCAGACGUGCUCGGCUACGUGCGGUCCAGAUGGAUUGAGAAAGCGCACGGUUCUGUGUGUGCGUACAGUGAUCGGAGAAGAACGGGUUCUACAUCCUGGAGACUGCAGACAGAUGCUUAAACCCAAACCUGUGGUACCUUGCAACCGAGAUAUACCGUGUGGGUCAGAAUGGGUAGUGGGGAACUGGACGGAGUGCUCUCUGUCCUGCGAAGGAGGUGUAAAGUCCAGAAUCGUCAAGUGUGUCGCCAAACGUCCGGGCCAGUGUAACCCUGCCAAUCGACCCCGUUCCACGAUCCUCUGUAAUCUCCAAAGCUGCUCGUCCAGUAAUAAGUGGACGGGUUCGCCUUUCCGACCACGAUUACUACCUCGAGUCCCCCCCAAAAUCCCAGGGUACAGCACCACUACCAUCACCACCAGCUAUAUAACACAAACCACCAAAUCCAUAACAACAUCUGAUAUCAUCCAUGAAGAUGAUCGAGAUCUUAUCUUGGUUAGGGAUGGUGACAGAGACAAUGGUGGUCAUGGCGACACAAAGAUCAAAGACCGCAGUGCUCCUGAGGAAGAGGAAGGGAGCACCGACUUGCAGGCACCUGACAAAAGUUCAACAUACACACCGGGUUAUGAUUACAUUGUGGAAGAUCAAACUGGAGAAGACAAUAUUGUGACAUUAAGUCCAUCUCCUGAAACAACAAUGUCACAUGAAGUCACUGGAAGACCGUCAUCCACACAAAUGCAUUACAUCCCCACAUCGCUCCAAUAUAGUGACCAUGUGACAACACAUCAACCAACUACUGCAAUGCCCAAACCGAGCACUUUAACGUCUUAUAAAUGGGAAUCCAGUCCAACAGGCUCAUAUUAUCUAAACACCGACCCAAAUAUUCACUUAACAGUGUCACGCUUCAAUACUGACAGUCUACAAGCAACCGUUCCAACAGUGAAAAUACUGAAAAAGACGACGAGAGGACUCAACAAAACCAAGGUGCCUAAAGCAGUCAGGCAGAGGCCAGAAACGCUGACAAACACCAGCGAUUAUGGGAACUUGAACGCACGAGAUCCCAUCAGUAGAAAUGCAUUCUGGGAAGUGGGCAACUGGAGUGAAUGCUCCAGUACGUGUGGUCUGGGUGCGAUGUGGCGGUCGGUAGUCUGCGACUCGGGGCGUGAUGAAGAUUGUGCCAAUCUGAAGAAGCCGGAACCGGCCCAACGAUGCAACCUGCGACCGUGUGCCAUCUGGAAGAUGGGAAACUGGACCAAGUGUCCUGAAGGUUGUGUCGGUGGUAUGAAGCAUCGUGACGUCCAGUGUAUCGACACCCAGAGCAGACGCCCUUUAAGGCCGUUUCAUUGUCAAGCUCUGUCCUACAAACCACCCAGCAGUGCCGCCUGUAACACUCAGCCCUGUCUACGGUGGGCGUUCUCACCCUGGGGAGAGUGCUCUGAAAGCUGUGGACAGGGAUGGAGGAACAGGUUUGUGUUUUGUCCCAAAUCCGAGCGCUGUAACAUCACACUCAAACCCAACAGUACAGAGCCCUGCUAUCUUCAGUCGUGCAGUCGCUGGGUGUCAGAGGAUUGGGGUCAGUGCUCUAGGAGCUGUGGUGGAGGACUUCAGAAGCGAGUGGUGAGAUGUGUAAAUGAGGAGACCGGAGACGAAGAGAAAACUUCACAGUGUGCACAAAACGAUAAACCCGACAGUGUUCAGACCUGCAACAUGGACGACUGUAAAACUGAUCGUGGGCUGAAGUGUAAGAGAAACAGCAUGUCAACACUUUUCUGCGAGAAACUCAAGCUGUUGGGUCGAUGCUCUCUGCGUUCAAUUCUUAAGCAGUGUUGCGUCACAUGUACGAUGUAAUACAGAGGUCACACAAUAAGGUCAAAUUUGGUUCAUUGAUGUAAAGCUGAAACUUCUGGACAUGUGAAAUGGGUUCACGAUGAUCUAGUCUACAAAAAGACAGACGGUCCACUCAGAUAUGUAUUUUUAUACUUGAACAUGAGAAUAGUGAGUGAAUUAAAAAGUGCAUCUUAGGAUCCCACACACAUUUAAAACAGCUGUCAUUCAUUAUAUUUGGGAAACGAUCAUGUGCUUUUACCUACAACUCGGAUGAACAUUUUACUGUUGACUCUUUUACAGAUUUUUCUUUUAUAUCAGAACUAGAGGUCUUCUUGCAUCCAAAGAAAUGUAUUCGACCCAAAAAGACUCAAAUCACUUUUUACCCGAACCUGACUUAAAUAAUUUUUUUUUUUAAAGAAAGACCCGACCUGAGACAAACCCCCAAAAAUUGGACGACACUAAAAUUGAUUAACAGAUUUGUCUCAAUAAAAACGAACCUACCGUCAACCACACGAUGUCGCAAGCGCUCUUGGCAAACAGAGGAGGGGUCUGAAAAGGACUGGAUGCAUACACGUGAGAUAGUUUGAGUCGUCUCGGGUCCGUUUGACAAAAACAGAUUAAUUUUACAUUACCCGAGACCCGAUGCUGCUAUUUUUAUACCCGACCUGUGUCCGAGGCACACGUGAAACCUUAAGACCCAAACCUGUUCAGGUCAAACCUCUAGUUUUCGGAUUUAAGUGGACCUGUGAAGACCCCUAAUCAAAACAACAAACCACAAAUCUCUCCUGCAAUCCAUAACUGUUUUAAAAAAACUGAUACUAAGCAAGCACAUGAAAAUUCAGAGUCUCCUUUCAGCUGUUUUUCAACAAACGUAAAUAUUGGUAACCUGCAAUUUUAGGUGUCGAACAGAGAUUGUGAUAGAGAUGCAAAAGCAGACUAUUUCUGGGCCACCUACAUGACCCUGGACCACAAAACCAGACAUAAGGGUCAAUUUUUUGAAAUUGAAUGAACAAAUAAUCUUUCUGUUGAUGUAUGGUUUUUUUAGGAUAGGACAAUAUUUGGCACUGAUGAAACUAUUUGAAAAUCUGGAAUCUGAGGGUGCAAAAAAAUUAAAUAUUGAGAAAAUCACCUUUAAAGUUGUCCAAAUGAAGUCCUUAGCAACACAUAUUAAUUAUGAUAACUACACACACACACACACACAUAUAUAUACAUAUAAAUAUUUACGGUAGGAAAUUUACUAUAUAAAAAAAACAUAAUAUCCUAAUGAUUUUUGGCAUUAAAAAUAAAUGUAUAAUUUUGACCCAUACAAUGUAUUGUUGGCUAUUGCUACAAAUAAACCCGUGUGACUUAUGACUGGUUUUGUGGUCAACAAAAAUACUAAUAAUAAGUUUUCACUAUGACAAAACAAUACCUGUUGAGAGAGAAAGAGAUGCGGUCAAUAUCUGUGUCAAGUAUUUUUGUAUAAAUGACUUUCAAGCAUGCAUUAAAAUCUCAGGUUAUUGGAUGUGUAAUUUUUUCCCUUUUAUAAUUUGGUGCAAAUGUUUCUUCAGUCAAUGUUUGGACAGAAACAUCUUUACAUUUUGAACAUUUUCAUAAACAUACAUUUUCUAUCAGACAGAAUUUCAAUACAUGUACAUCUGUCUGUUUACACUAAUGUUUUUUUUUAAAUCUCUGUUCAUUAAUGCACAAAAAGAAAAGUAAAACUGUGAAGUAAAUAAGUUAUUUCUAACCCUAAAUAUUGCAUGAUUUUCAGAUUAAUAACUUGCGUGGUGAGAAUUUCUGUAAUUCAAUUUAUUCAAAUAAUUUCUUGUGUCUCUAUGGAGCAGACUAACAUGCUACAGGUCACCAUCUAUUAUAUUAUUAAUACAAAUCUUAUUUCUUGUAUACCACUUAACAAACACAUUUGAAAUCCUAUCUCAGGAUAUGUGCAUUAAUGAUUGUGUCUGCACUGUAUUUGUGGUGUUUUUCUCUAAUUCAUGUAUUUUUGUUAUGUAUAAACUGUGUGAAUGUUGUUGUAUUUGUGUGGUUCAUGGUGCUGUAAACGGUUGGUGCUUCAUCAUCUGGUGCUCAAUAACACUGUUAACAGAUUCAAUGCACAUUGUUACUGUGGAUGGAGGAGUUGCAGGUUCAAUCCUCUUCAGCUUUUAAAUCGGGCAUGAAUGUUUUAUAGUGAAACUGCUUUGUGUGUAAUAAAUAAAUACAGUCAUGAUGUGAGCAGAUA